UUUGGUUCACAUCCGUGUCUAAUGUGUUGUGAUUUUUGUUUCAUGAACUGUCUCCCUGUAUAAUUAGAUUCGUUUAUCUAGAAUAAAUGCUACAAAAGUAUAGUGAAAUUUGUUUUUACGCAUUUUUAGAAUUAUGUUUUCAGUUUGGUUGAGUCAGUGGUCUACAAAGAUUUAUUUUUUUAUUUUACGGCCAUUGCUGAAAUGGGUUCUACAUCAAGUCACAGGGAAAUGUGAACUAUUGCGUAUCAGCUACAAUAAAAACUUGGAUCACGUUUCCCGUAUCAUGCACAUAGAAAGCUCCUUGAAAUGUUCCAACAGCCUCAUCCUACGGCAGUAUUCCAGUGAGACAAACUUUGAUGUCAGUGAAGCAGUGAAGAAAAUUUUUGAAGUUAAAAAGUUGGUUCCUGGUGUGCAUUCACAGUUUGAAGCAACUAUGCAACAUUUUCUUCACCGUAUUCACGCUUAUAAUAAAAUAAUAGCAGAGGCAGAGGAGUUACGAAAACAAAAGUAUUUAUCUGAGAAUCCAUCCCAUGAAAAAAAAUUAAGACAGCUAUGGGAUGCCUUUAAUGUUGGAGUUGAGCUUCCUAGUAUCACUGGUUCCCAUUGGACAGACAUGGGUUUUCAAGGCCAUGACCCUGGUACAGACUUCAGGGGCAUGGGACUUCUAGGCCUGGAACAGCUCUUAUACUUUGGACAGAACUAUCCCAAUGAGGCUCAGAAAGUUCUCAGUCAGUCACAUCAUCCUCAGUUUGGAUUCUCCUUUGCAAUAGUUGGUAUCAAUAUAACUGAAAUGGGAUAUACUUUACUUGCUCAAAGAAAAUUGCGUCCACAUUUUUAUGCCUUUCAAAAGAGAGUCCCUGAUUUGAAUGACUUUCACCAAGUCUACUGCCACUUAUUGUAUGAGUUUACUCAGUUCUGGAUAUCAGAAGAGCCCAGAGACAUCAUGGAGUUCAGUAACGUGAGAGAAAAAUUUCUGAACAAAGUUCAAGAUUCUCUGCUGAAGCCAAAUGUUCAUUUGCUCUCGCCUUUUCAGGAAAAAACUACAUGAUAUUUGAUAGAAGUAAUUUUUAGUCAUUUCUUUAUGUAAAUACAUAUUUAUUUCAAAAUUUGUGCUUUAUAAAAAUGUAUUGAAAUAAAUUUAAAAAUACAUUC